CAUACAGCUUUUAGCGCUGCUGUAUGCUUUCUGAUGCUACUAUCCAUUCCCUAGCGCUGGUGCAUACUUCCUAGUGUUUUUUAUGCUUCUACGUUUGUUUUCCAUAAAGUGGAUUCCUGUGUUUGCAAUUACCAACCCAAACAAGACACCCAACUCCAUGUUUUACUCAUAUACAUAGUACUCUCCAUAACGCUGAUCCUUUAUCACACCGAUCCUUCAUCACACUGCUCCUUUAUCACACUGCUCCUUCAUCACACUAAUCCCCACUACAUUGAUCGAUCAUGAUCGGUUAUCUUGUAUUGAGGCCAUGCCACCUCCUUAUCACCAAAGGCAGAUUCAAAUCCUGUCCCCCCAACCUUCUUUUUAGAACUUCUCCACAGAGUCCUAUCAUAGCACUUGCUAUGAUCUCCAGCUCCCCUAGGCGAUGGUCUCAGGUAUGUUUGCAUCUGGAAUAUCUUUCUUAUACCUUCAAUCAUGAUUUCUUCCUUUGCUUUUGUUAACCAUACCGAAUCCCAAACUAAUGGUUCUCUCUACAAUCCAGGCUGUAUCUCAACAAAUGACUGUUCCUAUCCGAACCUUCCAAGACCUGCAACUUGAAAUGCAAACCUACAAUGCUUUUCGAAAACUUAAACACAAUUCCUCCCUUGCUAAGGAAUUACCUAAACUCAACGAACUGGUUGUUCAAAGUGUUGGAAGAAAUGUUGCAAAAAACCUUCGCAAGUUUGUUGCCGAUGAUGAGGUCAUGAUAACAAACAAUGAGCCUCAUUUCAGUUUUGAGCAUGAGAAAUUUCGAAAGAUGGAUGCGAGACUAGAUGUUUUGGAGAUGGAAGUGGGAGAUUUGACGAUGGAAGUGGGAGGUUUGAAGAUGAAGGAGAAAGAUUUGACGAUGGAAGUGGGAGAUUUGACGAUGGAAGUGGGAGGUUUGAAGAUGAAGGAGAAAGAUUUGACGAUGGAAGUGGGAGAUUUGACGAUGGAAGUGGGAGGUUUGAAGAUGAAGGAGAAAGAUUUGACGAUGGAAGUGGGAGAUUUGACGAUGGAAGUGGGAGGUUUGAAGAUGAAGGAGAAAGAUUUGACGAUGGAAGUGGGAGAUUUGACGAUGAAAAUUUCAAACAUGCAGACUCUCUCUUGUCAAAGUGAAUUCCUCAAUGUUCUAAGAGACAUGGUACAUGUAACUUUGGACAAGGGCACACCAGAUGGCAUGUUUUCGGAAGUCACUAGGAGAGUUCGGGAAGCACGAAAUACUGAGGCGCAUCAUGUAACAUUGAAGGGUUGCAUGGAUGCGUGUCGAAAAUUCAUGGCAGAGAAGGACUCUCCUUCAGAAUGGGAAGCCAUGUUUAAAGCCUUCUUCGCAGUUUCUUUGGGUGAAGCUGAAAAGAAGCUUAUCCCACUUGUUGAUUCAUCCCCCGACUUUCAAAUCGAAGCCGUCAUGGAAGCUCAAGCCAACUUACUGCUCAGUUGCCAAACGGAUCAAUUUCCAAAUGUUUUUCAAAAAUGGCUCAAAGCAGUUCUUGAAUACUUUGAUUUGGAACAGGCCGUUGGUCCAUCCUCUUCUUCUUCCCUAUCCUUGACAAAGCCAGAACCAAAGGAUGACUCUGCUCCCCUAUCCUUGACAAAGUCAGAACCAAAGGAUGGCUCUGUCCCCCUAUCCUUGACAAAUUCAGAACAAAAGGAUGGCUCUGUCCCCCUAUCCUUGACAAAGCCAGAACCAAAGGAUGACUCUGUUCCCCUAUCCUUGACAAAGCCAGAACCAAAGGAUGACUCUGCUCCCCUAUGCGAAGCUCGGAAGCAUAUUCAGGAACUAGCUGUCGAAUGUUUGAAGUCCGAAAAAGAAGAUCGAGCUAGAGCAGCAAGCAAUGGCAUGGUUAUAGGCUUUCCUAUCAGUAAGAAACUCCUGAAGGAGAGACAUGAUAGAUGGAAGAAGGAGGGGCAAUGGAAGGAUUUAUUGAAGCUGAGUAAGCUUUACAAUAAUGCAACCAAGGGAAAGACUGUUAAGAACAAGAGAAAGACCGUUAAGAACGAGAGAAAGACUGUUAAGAACAAGAGACACUGAUUGGCAGGGAGGAAAACCUUCUGAAAAAAAAAAUCCAUUUUAAAUUGCAAGUUUUGGGACGAGGUUAUUAUGGCUGGAGUUAUCUUUCUUUGAUCAGAGUUCGACGGAAAUCAGAAAUUGGUGUCUUAGAAUGGAGAUUGUGACAGAGACUUGGACAGGGAUAGAGAUUGUGAUGGUGAAUAAGCACGUUCGGUUAAGGAAAAGGGGUCA